AAAAAAAGAAAGACAGAGAAGUUGGUGGUGCUGCAUCGCGCGAAGCACGACAAGAUACUCCUUUCUGCUUCCCUCCACAAAAGCGUAAAAGAAGGAGAGAGAGAGAGAGAGAGAGAGAUCAUAAAGAGAACGUAAAGAAGGUCUCAGUUGUUGUUGAGAAUGGAAUAGCAGUAGAAGCGGAAGAGCUUGCUCUUUCUUUGUUCUUUCUUCUUCUUCGUGUCUGGAUUCGGUUACUUGAAUAGAGCGAUGGCGUUGGUGAGCUCGUCGGUGCCGGUAUUUCUCCAGCAGCAGCAGCAGAUGGAGAGGAGGGGGUACCGGCGCACCGCGAGCGUGCCGUCGUCGGGGGGCUGGAGAAGUAGGCUGAUGGAGAUCGUGGAGGAGCCUGCGGUGGAGGAGGCGGCGGCGGAGGAGGAGGAGAAGGUGUACGUUGCGGUGGGGAAGGAGGGGAAGGAGGGGAAGGCGAAUCUCAAUUGGGUGCUUGAGAACAUCUCCAGGAAGAAGAUAAAGAUCGUCAUCGUCCAUAUCCAUCGUCCGGCACAAAAGAUUCCAAUGAUGGGAGGCUGGUUUGCUGUGAACCAGCUAACAGCGCGUGAAGUCAAUGCAUAUUGGCAGGUUGAAAGGGAGAAGUUGGACAAAUACCUAGAUGAAUACAUCGUGAUGUGUGCACGUUCCAAGGUACGAGCUGAGAAACUAGUAAUUGAGUCAGAUGACAUUGGCAAAGGGCUUGUGGAGCUCAUAGCACAGCAUGGUAUCACCCAACUGGUCAUGGGAGCCAAAAAAAGGAAACUGGUCAUGGGAGCAGCAGCAGACAAACAUUAUUCAAGGAAAAUGAAGGAGCUAAGGUCCAACACAGCACUCAGUGUGCAGCAGCAGGCUGAUCCAUCAUGCAAGAUCUGGUUUGUUUGCAGAGGGAACCUGAUCUGCAUAAGGGAGGGAUCACAAUAUGCCGAUUUCAAUUCACAGGGGGAGGCAAUGCCCCUAGCUUUGCCUCAUGAAGACCUCGGUAGAAUAUCAAGUCCAGGCCGCAUUAGGAGGAGUGUUAGUGAUCCCUGGGAGGGGAUCUCAAAGAGCUCAAGGUGUUCAGACCAGAGUGAAGAAGGCCCAAGCAACGUGGUUUUGGUCCCAGCUCAUAAGGAUGAGGGGAGAGAAGAGGGAUCAUCAAAUUUGCCAUCAGUUCAUGAGUCUAAAGAGAAUCAUGGGUUUGCAUCUUUACAUCAUGAUUUGGAUGAUGAUGGGAUAGAUGAUGAUGUAUACGAAAAACUGCAACUUGCACUCGUGGAAGCAGAGACUUUGAAACGUGAAGCUUACGAAGAGUCUUGCAGGCGUCAGAAAGCUGAAAGAGACUUAUAUCAGGCUACCCGAAAAGUCAGAGCGGCAGAGAAUUCAUACACCAAAGAGAUGAAACAGAGGAAAGAAACUGAGGAAAGACUGGCAAGAGAGAGGACGGAAUUGGAGAAGUUAAGAAAACAGCGAGAUGAUGACUUUGAAGAAUUCCAAAAGCUUUGUCAGCAGAGAAUGGAGUUGGAACUCCAAAUCGCUGAUUCCGGCCGCAUUGUGAAGGAUUUUGAAGAAAAACUAUCAGAAGCUCAACAUCUCCUCAACUCCCUGCGAUUAGAGCAUGAAAAGUUGCGGGGAGAGCGGGAUAAUGCGGUUAGGGAAGCUGAAGAGCAGAAUCAAAAGAAAGUAGAGGUUACUGAUGGCACUCAUGGAACAGCAAUCUUCUCAGAAUUCUCUUACGUGGAGUUGAAACAAGCGACUAUGGACUUCGAUGAUUCAUUAAAGAUUGGAGAAGGAGGAUAUGGAAGUGUGUACAAGGGUUUCCUUCGCCAUACGACAGUGGCCAUAAAGAUGUUGAAUCCUCAAAGCAGGCAAGGACAGUCAGAAUUUCAUCAUGAGGUUGAAGUUCUGAGUAGAGUGAGGCAUCCUAACCUUGUCACGCUAAUAGGAGCAUGCCCAGAAGCCUGGGCUCUCAUCUACGAGUUUCUUCCAAAUGGAAGCUUGGAGGACCGCCUCGCCUGCCGAAACGACACCCCACCUCUCUCUUGGCGGACUCGCACCCGCAUUGCUGCAGAGAUCCGCUCUGCGCUGCUCUUCCUCCACUCUAAGAAACCCCACAGCGUGGUCCAUGGUGAUCUCAAGCCAGCGAACAUUCUCCUCGAUGCCAGCUUCACUUGCAAGCUCGGUGACUUCGGCAUCUGUCGCUUCCUUGUCCAGUCCAACACCACCGCCACCCCCUACUGCCGCACCAGUCCCAAGGGCACCUUUGCCUUCAUGGACCCUGAGUUUCUUACCUCGGGGGAGCUCACGCCGCACUCCGAUGUCUUCUCCUUUGGCGUCACAAUCCUGCGCCUUCUGACCGGAAAACCGGCGCUCGGAAUUAUCGGUAAGGUGAGGGACGCACUGGAAAAAGAACGCUUGGAUGAGAUAGUGGAUGCUUCUGCAGGGGGCUGGCCUUAUGUGCAGGCCAAGAAGUUGGCGCAAUUGGGAUUGAAAUGCUGCGAGGUCGAAAGGAAGAGACGUCCGGAUCUUGCGGGGGAGGCUUGGAGGGUGCUUGAGCCCAUGACGAAGGCUGCUGCUUCUUCCAUGGCGUCAUCUCGUUCAUCAGUAAUGUUGAAAGCUUCAGAGGACUGCAUCCCAUCCUACUUCAUCUGUCCGAUACUUAAGGAGAUCAUGAAGGAUCCACAUAUAGCAGCAGAUGGCUUCACAUAUGAAGCUGAGGCAAUAAAAGGAUGGUUAGACAGCGGUCACGAUACAUCACCCAUGACCAACCUCAAGCUUCCCCACUGUGAACUUGUUCCCAACGAUAACCUUCGUUCUAUGAUCGAGCAAUGGUUGCAGCAGUGAAAUGAUUUCCCUAAUGUUUCUUCGGUUGCAUGUCGAACCCUACUUGAACUGGUUGCACCCCACUCCACAUCAGAGAUGUCCUAGGUUCUUCCGUCACAAGUAUUUGGUGAUAUAAUCGGUGAUUAUAAGCAUUUUUUCUCUCAAAUUAGUUGCGUACAAAACAGUUUUAGAUUUGUAGUAUCUUGUAUAUGUAAGUAUAUAUACACAGAGAGAGAGAGAGUGUUGUCCUUAUAUUGAAAAGAUAUAGGAUGUAUUGUACAAAAAAAAAAAAAAAAAAACAGAAAAUAUAUGGGAUGUAUGAGUUUGUUUUGUGUUUCAAGUUCAUCAAAGUAGUUCAUUGCCUAGUACAUCUCCCUAUUAAUUGCAUGAUAUAUUAAGCUA